AUGUCCGGCGUGUUCCAGCGACUCCAGGAGUCUCUCAACGAGGCCAAAAUCUCCGCAACCCACAAGGUCAACGAGAUCGCUACAACAAACGAAAAGAUCCUUGACCUCUACCCAAACACCGUCUCCUUCGACAAGGGCAAACAUACUAUGACCACUGAUCAUGGCACAAAAAUCAACGAUGUCGAUCAUUGGCUUAAGGCCACAGGACCCGACUCACAGGGCCCCAGUUUGCUGGAGGAUCAGAUUGCUAGAGAGAGAAUCCACCGAUUCGACCAUGAGCGCAUUCCUGAACGUGUAGUCCACGCCCGCGGAACCGGUGCCCACGGCUACUUCAAGCUCAACGAGCCCAUACCCGAGCUCACCACCGCCGGCGUCCUCAAUGAUACCUCACGUGCCACGCCCGUCUUCGUGCGUUUCUCCACUGUUGCCGGCUCCCGGGGCUCCGCCGACACCGUCCGUGACGUACGUGGCUUCGCCACAAAGUUCUACACGGACGAAGGCAUCUGGGACAUUGUUGGAAACAAUAUCCCCGUCUUCUUCAUCCAGGACGCCAUCAAGUUCCCCGACUUUGUGCAUGCCGCGAAGCCCGAGCCACACAACGAGGUGCCGCAGGCCCAGACGGCGCACAACAACUUCUGGGACUUCCAGUAUCUGCAUCCCGAGUCGACGCAUAUGUUUACGUGGGCGAUGAGCGACCGCGGGAUCCCGAGAUCGUUUAGGAUGAUGCAGGGGUUUGGCGUGAAUACGUUUACGCUCCUUAAUGCGGAGGGGAGGAGGACUUUUGUCAAGUUCCAUUGGAUCCCCGAGCUGGGUGUGCACUCGCUCGUGUGGGAUGAAGCGUUGAAGCUGGCGGGACAGGAUCCGGACUUCCACAGGAAGGAUCUGUAUGAGGCUAUCGAGAACGGGUUCUAUCCCAAGUGGAAGUUUGGCAUCCAGACUAUCGCAGAGGGAGAGGAGGAUAACUUUGAUUUCGACAUUCUUGAUGCGACGAAGGUGUGGCCGGAGGACCUCGUUCCCGUCCGCGAGAUCGGUGAAAUGGUACUUAACCGCAACGUCGACGAGUUCUUCGCGGAGACUGAGCAAGUUGCCUUCUGCACUUCCCACGUGGUUCCUGGAGUUGGCUUCUCAAACGACCCGCUGCUCCAGGGCCGUAACUUCUCGUAUCAGGAUACCCAAAUCUCACGAUUGGGCGUUAACUGGGAGCAGUUGCCUAUUAACAGGCCUGUCUGCCCGGUAAUGAACUUUAACCGUGACGGUGCAAUGAACCACCGUAUCCACAAGGGCAAGGUCAACUACUGGCCUAACCGCUUCGAGGCUGCGCCGCCAGGAAACUACAACGGUGAUGCGGGAGCGUACGUCGAGCAUGCAACUAAGAUGGCAGGCAUCAAAGCAAGAGUCAAUGGACCGAAAUUCAAGGAGCAUUAUAGCCAGGCGCAGCUGUUCUACAACUCCCUGUCAGAGCAUGAAAAGUCGCAUGUUGAGCAGGCGCUAGGCUUCGAGCUAAGUCACUGCGAUGAGCCAAUUGUGUACAAGCGCAUGUCUGAAAGACUAGCAGAUAUCGACAUCUCCCUCGCCCAGCGCGUCGCAAAGAUGGUAGGCGGCGACCCUCCCGCCACCACCAAGCACCCUAACCACGGCCUCAAAGCCCCACGCCUCUCCCAAACCGAGUUCCCGGGCAAGCCCACCAUCAAGUCCCGCCGCAUCGCCAUGCUCAUCGCCGAUGGCUUCGAUAUGGCCACCUUCACCGCCGUCCGCGCGGCCCUCAAGGCCCAACAAGCAUCCACAUUCGUCAUCGCUCCCCGCCGCGGCAUGAUAUUCCCUGCCGGCGUCGACCCCGCCACUGGCACAGGCGGCCUCAUGCCCGACCACCACCUCGAGGGCCAGCGCAGCACAAUGUUCGACGCAAUCUACAUCAACCCCGGCACCCAGAGUACGCUCACCCUGCGCGAGAACGGGCGCGCGGUCCACUGGGUGCGUGAGGCAUUCGGACACCUUAAGGCCAUUGGCGCCCUCGGUGAUGCGAUCGACUUUGUGCAACAGGCGUGUGUGCUACCCGGCGUGGCGCUCGCGCUGGACCAGAACAGCAAGGAUGUGGUGACGAGCUAUGGUGUGGUGACGGGGUGGAAUGCGGAUGUGAAGUUGCUGGAGAGCACCAAGAUUGAGCCGAGUACGACGGCGUUUGGGAGCGCGUUUGCGAAUGAAGUGGCGAAGCACAGGUGCUGGCAGAGAGAGCUGGAUGGGUUGCAUGCGAAAUUGGCGUUUUAA